AAGUGAAAGUUAUUCAGAUCAGAGCUGCAGUCGAAGCAAAUCUCUGUGUUUCUGUGUGAAGGAAAAUAAAGCGAGUUCAUCUGUUCUUUCUCAGCUACUGACUCCAACACUGAGGUCAGACAUGUCUGCUGGCAGCAACCAGAGAUCUGAGGAUCAGUUUCUGUGCUCCAUCUGUCUGGAUGUGUUCACUGAUCCAGUCUCCACACCAUGUGGACACAACUUCUGCAAGAACUGCAUCACCCACCACUGGGAUGUUAACAACAGAUGCCAAUGUCCAAUGUGUAAGAAGGAGUUUCACUUCAAACCUGAUCUAGAAAUUAACACCUUACUCAGAAAGGUGGUUGAUCAGUUCAGACGUGAAGCUCAGCAGGAAGCCAGCAGCAGCAGCUCAGAGCAACAAGCUGCCAAACCAGGAGAAGUUCCCUGUGACGUCUGCACUGGAACCAAACUGAAGGCCCUGAAGUCCUGCCUGGUGUGUCUGACCUCCUACUGUCAGACUCACCUGGAGCCUCAUCUGACAGCUUCAGGUCUGAAAAGACAUCAGCUGAUGGAGCCUGUGGAGAACCUGGAGGACAGGAUGUGUAGGAAGCACGAUAAACCUCUGGAGCUGUUCUGUAGGACCGACCAGACAUGUGUCUGCUCGCUCUGCUCUGUUUUAGACCACAAGACUCAUGAGUUUGUUCCUCUGAGAGAAGAAUAUGAAGGAAAGAAGGCAGAGCUGGGGAAGACAGAGGCUGGAAUCCAGCUGCUGAUCCAGAAGAGACGACUGAAAAUUCAGGAGCUGAAAGAGUCGGUGAAGAUCAGUAAAGAUGCUGCAGACAGAGAGACAGCAGAAGGUGUUCAGGUCUUCACUGCUCUGAUGGAGUCUGUUCAGAGAGGCCUGAACCAGCUCGUAGAGGAGAUCCAAGACAAGCAGAAAGCUACAGAGAAACAGGCUGAAGCCUUCAUCAAAGAUCUGGAACAGGAAAUCUCUGAGCUGAGGAAGAGGAGCUCUGAGGUGGAGCAGCUCUCACGCUCUGAAGACCACCUCCACCUCCUCCAAAGCUUCUCGUCCCUGAAAGCUGCUCUACCCACCAAGAACUGGACAGAGGUCCGAGUCCGUCCACCAUCAUAUGAGGGGACUGUGGUGAGAGCUGUGUCUCAGCUGGAGGAGACACUCAGCAAACAGAAGAAGAAGAAGAUGGAGGCUGAGCUGAAGAAGGUCCAGCAGUCUGCAGUGGAUGUUACUCUGGAUCCUGAUACAGCAAAUCCCUGGCUCAUCCUGUCUGAUGAUAGAAAACAAGUUUAUGAUAGUGAUGUGAGGAAGAAACUUCCAGAUAAUCCAGAGAGAUUUUCUUUCUAUGUUUCUGUUUUAGGAAACCAGAGUUUCUCUUCAGGCAGAUUUUACUUUGAGGUUCAGGUUAAAGGAAAAACUGAAUGGAAUUUAGGAGUCGCCAGAGAGUCCAUCAACAGGAAGGAAAACAUCUCACUGAGUCCUCAGGAUGGUUUCUGGACUAUAUGUUUGAUAAAUGGAAACGAGUACGAAGCUAAUGCUGAUCCUCAAGUCCGUCUCCAUCUCCAGUCUGGUCCUGAGAAGGUGGGGGUGUUUGUGGAUUAUGAGGAGGGUCUGGUCUCCUUUUAUGAUGUAGAUGCUGCAGCUCUGAUCUUCUCCUUUACUGGCUGCUGCUUCACUGAAAAACUCUACUCGUUCUUCAAUCCCUUCCCUAACGAUGGUGGUAAAAACUCAGCUCCUCUGAUCAUCUGUCCUGUCAAUCAGACGGUCUGAUGGUUUUCCUCCAUGACCAGUGAAUCUGGUUCUGAACCAGUUUCAGUCUGAGUUGUACUGGUGGAGAGAUGAGGUUGUAAAUGUCAGCAGUUCAGUUCACAUCUGGAUGAUUCUGCAGCUCGUUCCACUUCUGUCUCCACGUUUCUUCCUUCUCUUCACUGUCAAAUAAAGCAGAGUCAGAUGAUUCCUGCAUGAUGGAUUAGAUCAUUGUUAUAUAAUGUUGAGUUUGAUGUGUUUUCUUCUUGAAUGUGUCCCACUGAUGAUGGUUUUUCCCUCUGGGACUCUGUAGUCAUCGUCACUAACAGGAAGUUAGGAGGGUCUCAACACGUUUUAAAGCAACACUGAAUGAAAUGUUUGUUGUUUUCUCCCAUUAAACAUUUAUCUUCAUUUAUUCUGGACAGAAAUCAAACGUCUGAAAGAAAUCUCUGAAAACUUCAUAUUAACAUGAUCCUGAUGUUCAUGAUGAGUGUAAAUAAAGUUCUGAUCAGAAGUGUGUCUGUGCUUCAUGUUGAUCAUCAAUAAAAAGACAAAUUAAA